UAUAUAUGCGGGAUAGGAAGACACUCAAAAGUAAAUCGCUCUUGUCUGUCACGCUGCAGGUAAAGGAACACCACGUGACCAAAGGGCUCUCUGUAAGCGCAAGUAGUACAAACAAGAUCCUCUGAUCACUGACGGUCCGACGGAAGCAUCUUGUUUAACGCUAGACCACCACGGACAGUGAGCAGGAAAGGGUGGAGAUGACAUUGCGCAUAAUGUAUUCCUCAUGCCGCACAGGCACUUUCGCAGUCAGACUUGGACCUGUCCGUCCCUUCAGCCUUACCGUCCACAGGGGAGGCUACAAGUAUGUGAAUGCUGAGGAGUUGCCAACCGAUAUGAAGUCCAUCACGGACCGUGCAGCACAAACACUGCUGUGGACUGAACUUUUCAGGGGUUUGGGUAUGACCAUGAGUUAUUUGUUCAGAGAACCAGCUACUAUCAAUUAUCCGUUUGAGAAAGGCCCUCUCUCUCCCCGUUUCCGUGGUGAGCAUGCACUACGCAGGUAUCCAAAUGGAGAGGAGCGCUGUAUUGCGUGCAAACUGUGUGAGGCUGUCUGUCCCGCUCAGGCCAUCACUAUAGAGGCAGAGACCCGUGCAGAUGGCAGCAGAAGAACAACUCGUUACGACAUUGACAUGACCAAAUGCAUCUACUGUGGAUUCUGCCAGGAAGCCUGUCCUGUGGAUGCAAUAGUAGAGGGCCCUAAUUUUGAGUAUGCCACUGAGACUCAUGAAGAGCUGCUGUAUAAUAAAGAGAAACUGCUGAAUAAUGGAGAUCGCUGGGAGGCUGAGAUUGCUGCUAACAUUCAGGCAGAUUACCUGUACAGAUGAACAGAUAACAGCAACACAAACAAUAGACGACAUCAGUUCAUAAGCUACCUGCAUCAUCUACUGAAAUUAAAAAUGUCACUUUGUAUAGAACCAGAUAUAUUUUGUAUAGAAAAGUAUUAAUAUAUUUGCUGUCUAAAUGCACAAAACAUAACGCACAAUGAAUGUUCAUCUAUCUGUUUAUUUUAAAGUAAUAUAAUGUAUAAUGUUCAUUUUAAAGCAAAUGAUAUAAAUAAAAUAACA